AAGACCAAGAGUCUUCACUCUCCAGCAAGCCCUUUCAAAAAAAGAAUCUCCAGCAAGCUUCGUUCUUCUCGGCGACGGGUACGAAUUCGGUUCCGGAGCUUCAAGCCAUCCAGGCCAAAAUGGGUUCAGCUGGGGAUGAGUUCACCCCACUGUCUCAGUUAGAAUAUGGAAUGGACAAAUGUAAAGUGCGGGUGCGCGUCUCGCGGCUGUGGGAGUCCUUCAAUCCAAAAGAUGACACUUUGUUCGGCCUUGACUGCCUUCUGAUCGAUGAUCAGGGUAAAACUAUGCAGGCGCGUGUAGAACCCGGCGAUAUAGAGUGGUUUGAAGAUCUGCUAGUUGAAGGGAAGGUCUAUGCCUUGUCAGAUUUUCAUGUUGAUUCGCAGAGAGACUACUAUAUGUCCUGUAGCAAUGAGUGGACUAUGUACUUUGGGAGGCAGACGGUGGUCACUGAGAUAGAGGUAGAUAUUGAUUCGAUACCCCUCCACAGCUUUGAGUUUGUGAAAUUUAAGGAUCUCCGUUAUAGGUGCGACGACAACAGCUUAUUGACAGAUGUUCUGGGUCACGUAGUGUAUGCCGGGGAGCUACAGGAAGUCUUGAAAAAAUCACGUGUUAUAGAAAUUUGCAAUGCAAGAAUUCGGGAUUUGAGAGGAAGGGCACUGAGUGUCACACUAUAUGGAGAUAUUGCUUCUGAUUUUGCUGAGGAUAUGCUGGAGAAAGGCCAAGACACCUCACUUGUUGUUGUCUUUGCGGGGAUGUCUGUUACUUCCUCAUCAUCAGUUUGCUCUACAACAUCUUAAAAGUACUAUCUGGAUUUGGAAAUACCAGAGGUGCAAGAAUUCCGUGCGAAUUUGCUCAUUCAGCAGGCAAACCCUGUUCCAGAAAAAACUCCAGCUCAGAAGCUGGCCGAGAGUUGGCGAACAAUCGAACAGCUAAAAGGCCUCGAUCGAGAAGAGUACGAUGAGGAUACCAUGUUUUUGUGCAGAGUCUCCCUGAUAGACAUAGAUUGCACCAGUGGUUGGUGUUAUCUUGGAUGCGACACCUGCCAAAAGUCGAUGUCCAGGGCUCCAAGGAAAUACAGGUGUGCCCGAUGUGGCCCGAUGAUGCCAGUUCAGUGGUACAAGCUGAAGGCGAAGGUGCAGGAUGCUACAGGCGCAAUGAACCUGAUGAUCUUCUGUGAGGUGGCGGAGGAGCUGGUCGGUGUCUCCGCGGAGGAGCUCGUCAAUAAGAUCAAUGACGAUGAUGAGUGGUACACCCUGCCAGAUGAAAUUGAGGAUCUUAUUGGCUCGACGCUGUUUGACACGAGAAAAACAUCGGCUAAGGACUCCGGGGAGAAGGGAAGAAGGGAGUGUGUUUCUCUCAGACGCCGGGGAAAGAAAACUGUGUAUGCGGGCGUGCCAGUGUACUAUAGUACACAAAAGAAAAAGAGAUACGGGAACAUGUAUU